AUGUUCCACUUGGCAAAAGGUCUUUAUACCAAUUGGAAUCGGAAGGAGCAAUAUUCUAUUCUCAUAUUGGGCCUGGACAACGCUGGCAAAACUACUUUUCUGGAAACGCUCAAGAAGGAAUUCACUAAUGCAUCAAAACCGCUGGAGAAAAUUACGCCAACAGUGGGUCAAAAUGUUGCUACCAUACCGGUCGAGAACUGCAAUCUGAAACUGUGGGAUGUGGGUGGACAAGAAGCGCUGAGGUCACUGUGGGCUGAGUAUUAUCUUCAGGCUCACGGCAUAGUAUUUGUCAUUGACAGUUCUGAUCGCAGUCGGCUUGAUGAAUGUUGUAACGCGCUACAGAAUGUUGUCAUGGAUGAUGACGUGGAGGGCAUACCGGUACUCAUGCUUGCGAAUAAACAGGACCGAGAAGACCGGAUGGAAGUGCAAGACAUCAAAGAAGUCUUCAACAAAAUAGCUGAACAUUUGGGCGCAAGAGACAGCCGAGUUCUUCCUAUAAGUGCUCUCAACGGCCAAGGCGUACGAGAGGCUGCGGAAUGGCUCAUAGUGCGUCUCAAGAGAAAUAAGGAUAAUAAACCGCCGCAAUACAAAUGA